UUCGUCGUAUUGACGUAUUGUUUCGCUUAGGAAGCUUGUUACGAUUCUGAAAACGGAGUGAGCUUUACAUAAAUAUUGCCAUAUCUUCUAGCAGAAGAUCCUCAGCGACCAGAGUCGAUUGGUACACUGUCACUUACAACUGUUGACAAUGUCGUCUGACAUGAUUGAUGAGACCGUUGAGUUAGACCCAGUGACUGGGUUAUACUGCACGAUGUCUUUGUUUACCAAUGUUACAAAUACCGCUGAACUACACAAGAAACUCAUUACCGAGGAGCUUGAUUGUUGCAUGGUAAAUGUUGCAACUAUUGUAGACACUUUUCAGACGGUGGUGGCUGCCAAUAAAGCCGCCCUCAACGCUACGCGAAAUCAACUGGUUACAAAAAACAUAAAUACGGAAGUCUUAUUUAGCAUGUCUUUGUCGGAUAGCAUAGCUUGUGCCUUGGAUGAGUUUGGUCUUAGUGACGACAUUAAAAAUCUCCUGGUGAUAGUGAUACACAAGGACGGUGAGGAAAAAGCCAUGCUGGAGAAGAUUUCAGAAAAUGUUAAGGGAGACAAAGUAUCCAUCUCAAACCUGAAGAAGUUUACAGAUGAAAAUCGUGUUAAAGGAACUUACGCCAUCACCGUUAUCGAACAGCAGAAUUCUAAUAUUCUUGAUAUUAUUGUUUCAAAGAUUAGUGGCUCUACAUUAUUUCCACCGAAGAAUCGAAAUAAGGGAAGGCGUAUAUCAUAUGAACGAUAUGAACAGAAGAGUUGACAAUAUGCUGAUACAGAAUAGUUAUUAUAUUUAUUAAUAAUAAGAAAAAUUUUAUUUGG